AUGUCGGACCCACCAGUUGCAGCUUCUAUGGUGGAGGAUCAGCCGGGAGAGCUGAAGUCCGAAGAGGUUGCCGAAGGGGUUGUCGAGGAAGGAAAGCCCGAGCUGGAGCAUGUGGUGGAUGGAUAUAUCAAGGUCACUGAAGUACUCUUCAACUGGACACCUUUCCUGAACCCAUGGCAGGCCAACGCGGUCAAGGCGUUGGUCAACCUUACUUCCCUCACACAUCCCGAUCAUCCUCUACGAGAGGAAGGACAAGAUGCUCUCCGGCUGUAUAAUUGUCUCCGCCCAGAAGGGUAUGAAAUGAUUUGCUUCUCUCUGAAGCAAAUCGAAUACCUACAAUUUUACAUCCACGAGAUGCGUCUCGCCGACCCGGCGUGGACAAACUACCUCGCGAAGCUCAACUCGGGGAACGACGAGGACAAGCCGAAGGAGGGCGAGGUGCUCGAGGAGCCACGGUAUGUCGAGGCAGAGAACCCCUGGGUGCCGCUCCCUGCUGGUAUCAUGCGCGAGAGCGACAUGGCCGAGAUCGAAAUCAUCUCGAUCCACGAUCCCAAGGAGAUCAAGCGCAUGACCAACAAGCAGAAGAAACAUAACAACCAGGUCGAUAAGCAGCAGCUUGGCAAGCUGGACCUCACGCCCGAGCAUCGCAAUAGGCUCGAGGCGGAGAUCGACAAUGCCAAGGCGGGGCCGGGUCUUCGGAGGGGUCCACCGAGGAUCUACGAGAGGCGGAAGGAGAGGCCGGGGCAGGAGGAGAGACCGGAAGGGACGGGAUGGGGCGGCUUCCCAACGAAGGGGGCGGGCGAGACGGAGGAAGUCAUCAAAACGGAGAAGCCCGACCACGUCGCGUGGCAGGAGGAGGCGAAGGACGCUGUCGCCAGCGAGAAGAAGGAUAGCGCUGAGGAGAUUUCACGAGACGCGUCUGCGGCCGUGACCAACGGUGCCAACCCUGCUGCGGUGGAUCUCAAGAAAGCGCCAACGGCCAGCCCAGCUGCAGCGGAGACGCCAUCGGAACUUCAGACCGCCGCGGCGGCGCAACAGCCAAUCAGCAAGGCCGAACCCGAGACGAACGGCUCUACGGUCAAUGCACCGGCAGCCAUCAAUGGCGAGGACGAUGCAGACGAUGUCGAUCCCCGGCCGGACGCUCUUGCCGAGCAACUCAAUAAGAUCGUCGAUCUUAAGGCAAAAAUCGAGUCGGAGGCACCGGUCGAGUCCGCUCCAUCCGCCUCGGACGCAGAGGAACGGGAGACCGACCCCAUGAAGGCGUACUACUUCGACGCCCAACAAGCCUUCGUCCUCGCGACAGCUGGCGGGCUCGCGAGCGCACUCGCUCAGAAACUCAAGGAGGACGCGGCGGCGGGUACGGCGGGCGAGGGGAGUGGGGAGGUCCCGGACGUUCCGGCUGAAAUUGGGCGGAGCUUGUUCUUCGCGCUCCAGCUUACGACGUGGGAGGAGGACGAGAACAUUGUGUUAGAGGUGGGCUGGGCGGCGACGUGGUGGCAAGAGAGGCUCCCCGCGCCAAUCGCGGCCAAGGAUACCAAGACUGAUGGCGGAGUUGAUGAGGAGUCGAGGUUCGAGCGGAUGUCGGAGAAUGGGCAUAUCAUCGUCCAGGAUCAUCUCCUCGAUAAGCGGAACGGCAAGACGAAGCCGGACCACCGCUCCUCCUAUAAUUUUGGCACGUCUAUCCCCAUCGCCGCCAAGGACGUCCACCGGACUCUGAGCCAGAAACUCAAGGAGCUGGUGAAGCGUGCCGGGGGCGGACCAAUCUACCUCUUGCUUCACUCUACCGACGGCGACGAGUCCGAGUUCCGCAAACUCGGCUGGAACACCAAGGGAUGGGAAAAGCAGAUCCGCCCUGCCGACUGGGACUACCCAUCUUACGCCUCAGCGGACGGUGUGGGGAAAGUCUUCCUGAUCGAUACGGCCAAGCUCUUCGGCGCGAUCGAGAAUGAUCAGACCGUGCUACCCGCUAUCGGCAAAACGCGGAAGAGCCUCGAAAUCGUUGCGGGGACGAUGUUCGGAGCGGACGCGGCCCAUGCGCCCAAGGCAUGUGGCAAUGCAGGCAACUACGCUGCUUUCUGCCUGCAAGUCUUCUGUGGCAUCGUCGAUGGACCCCAUCUCGAAGUUCUCCGCGCGGACUACCAGCAAUCCCUCGUCCCCAUCGUUGUCGACCCUACCCCCGGCGCUGUCGAUGGCGACGAGACCGACGACGCUCCGCCAAUCACUCCUGCCCCCACAUCCCCCCUUUCUAUCCCGCCGAAUGCCAAGUUCGCGCCUCCAGCUCUGCCGACCCUUCCCGUCGAAUACGUCGAGGCGAUGUCAAUGAAGGCAGCUAGUAAAGUGGACGCCUCGGCAUCAUCCAAGCCCGCCUCUGCAAACUCCAGCUCAAAGGCGCAAGUCAAUGGAAACGGGAAUGCCAACGGCCACGCCAAUGGACCCGCCGGCGGGGAGGAGGAGGAGGAUAGUGAAGAUGAGGGGAUUGCGGGGGUGUACUGGGAGGAUCGAGCAGGGAAUAUCAUCGAGCUGCCGGAGUAG